AUGUUUUAUCCAGUAGAGUCAUUACGAAGAGGUGGAAGAUUUUAUUUGUGUUGGGUUGCAGACUCAUGGCCAUUGCGUUUUGCUACAAUAACUCACCGUCAGCUUUGGUCGCAGGACAUACGACAAAUAUGCAAUGACUUGCUUGAAGUUAUGAAAAAUGAGUCCGGUCGACCCACGAAUAGAUUUUCGCUACGACUCAGUUCGCAACUCUUGCGUGGUCUUGUUCGACUUUAUCAAAGGAAAGUUACCGUGUUUGUUGGAGAUCUUUGCAUGAUAAAUGCUCAUGUAAUGAAAACUACUCACAAAAAAUCUAUAUAUGAGACAAGUGAACACGUCGCCAAAAGACCUGAGUUGCCUCGUCUUGUUUUCGAGCUUCAGCCCGACGAGGAAGCUUUGGAAGAAAAAAUUCAGAACAGCGGAAAUAUGGUGGCUCAUGUAGAAGACAUAACUUUAAAAGAGCCAACGCUGCCUGAAAAUAGAAUUUUAUUAGAUGAUGGUUUCGGCGAACUCAAUCCUGAUCAACCAUUACAAAUCUUUGGAGAAAGGAGUAUCGAGAUGAUGUUGUUUCAAGACAAUCCCGCGCAGCAGAGCGUCCUAGACUUGCCGCUCGACUUCUCCACCGACAAGUCGCACGACAAAUCCAGACUCGUCCAACACGAAGCACAGAUGGAGAGACUGCCUGAACACGACGUGUCUGUGUUUGGUAAAUCUAUGGCGGAAGCGAUGUAUAUUGGAGACUUCGAUAAAGAAAUCCCUGAAAUCCCCGACCUUCCGCAUCCCGAUCCUCACACAGAUAAAACAAAACUUGGAAUAGAUAACGUCAAAGAAAAGGAAGUUAUUAAACGAAGUAAGAAGUCAAGGCGUGAGACUGACGAAAUAGUUCUGGAGGAACUGAAAGAAGAGCCCAGGACGAAGAGACGUAAACUAAGAAACAAACUUAUAAUUGACAAGAAAAUUAAACUCACGUCAGAUUAUUUACGUUCACGAAUCGAUAAUAUUCACGUUGAACUACGUUGUGAGGAUUCUAAGGAUAUUAUCAAUCUGUUACCAACGGCCCCCGUAUUGUUAUCCAGACCGACGAGAGAAGUCGGACGGAGGCUCACAGAACGUUACUUGAGAAGAACAGAACGAACACAGGAAGCCGUUCUUCACAACGAACAACGCUUUCCGAUGAGGACCACAACACAUAAUAUAGACGAAGAGGCGCAGGAUGUUGAUAAAUCCGCGGGAGACCAGUUACUGCGAGACGUGUCCAAGGAAAUGGAUGUGACACACACAAACGUACAGGAAGCACCGGAAAUAUUAAUAUACCAACCGACAGAUGUCGCUGAGUUACCCACUCCAGAGAUACCAGAAAUGUCGAGAGCAGAAAAACGAGUCAGUGAGGAACAGAGAACGCCAAAGAAACGUCGAAGCGGAUAUAUCACUUAUCGUGAAACUCGGCGAACGACCGCCUUACCGUCGGCUGAAGCAAACAAUGAAAAUGUACCCGGCUCAGUACAGAAAAGUCGGCUGACGGCGCUCUUGCAUAGAGAAGGGCUCGCUGAUUCUGAUGAACAAGGGAACGUGGAAAUGAGAAAAACAAACAGUUAUACAUCAGAGACACCACUCGGCAGCUUGGACAGGACGAAGGUGUCACUCGGAGAAUCAGAGAAGACCACGGACUCCAAGAGAUUUAUACGAGAGGAAUGGGGCACUCAAGGAACGAUGCAUAAGAUUUAUAAAUGUAUAAAAUCCGGCCUGAAACCAGUUAACGUUGACCUACUUAUAUCUUCCGGACCCUUGAUAUCGGGUCACAGGCGGGUCAUAGUCGCUAGGUGCUUCAAUUCUAUACUCAAAUUAAAACAACAUGGUUUUAUAAGAAUUUAUAAAGAUGCUGAAACAUAUGAGAUAAAAGAUAUUACUCUGGGCAGUAAAAUAGUACGAGCUUAAUGUUUAUAGGUACUAUAACAUUGAAUGAUUCAUAACUUAAUUCAAUUAU